AUGUCUGAAUAUGACAAUGUUCCGGGUGCUAAGGAAGCGCUUGAAGAUGAAGCUAAUAAACCGAUCCGUAUUAUAACUAAAACAGAAGCGGAAAAGAAAUUUCAAGAAGUUCAAAGAAAGAGGUUGGAUGAGAAAGUAGAGAAGGCUGCACGAAAAUCGCACAAGGAACGUGUGGCGGAAUUAAAUAGAAAAUUAGAAGAAAUGACAGAACAUUACGACAUUCCUAAAGUAAGUUGGUCUUAUAAUUUGGUUCGGUUUACACAAGAAAUUUGGGUUCAUUAA